GGUUUUGUAUCAGUCAUGUUUCCUCUUCUCAUCCUGCUAAUACCAGUCCUGGUCCUGGGACAACGGUUCAGGACGGAUGGAUUGUGCGGAGAAGAUAACCUAGCUCCGGAUGGAAACCCUGCAACCUGUGAACAUAUUCCUCCCUUCCCAACCUGCUGUCAGAAGAACGGUCACUGCGGCUGGAGCUGCGAUGAUGCACCCCCUGUCCCGGAUGUUGGACGCCCUGCUGAGACCCAAUCUCCUGGUGGAGGAGGAGGUGAGAGUGCUCCAGCUCAGGUCUUCACAAGCAACGGUUUGUACAGGUCGGACGGAAAGUGUGGAGUAAGUUAUCCCCUAGAGGACGGAACCCUGGCAGAAUGUGAUCCUAACUCCGAGUACUGGUGCUGCUCUGAACACGGGUUCUGCGGAGGAACCGAGGAACAUUGCAACUGUGAAACCUGUGUGAACUACAGACCUGUACAUGUAGUCGGGAAGGUUAGGUCGGACAGAAGAUGUGGAGCUAAGUAUCCACUGCAGGACGGAGAACCCGGAGAAUGCGACGGAUCAACCCAGAACCAUUGUUGUAGUAUACACGGAUACUGUGGUCCUGGUCCUGAACACUGUGAUUGUGCCGGCUGUGUAGACUACAGGGGAGGUGUGCCUGUAGAGGUUCCACUGUUUGAUGGAAAGGUUCGAGCGGAUCGAAGAUGUGGUUCAAGUUUCCUUCUCCCGGAUGGUUCGGAGAGUGAAUGUGACGGAUCCAGCGAGAACCCCUGCUGCAGUAAGUGGGGCUAUUGUGGACCAGGGGACGAACACUGCUCCUGUCCUACUUGUAAGGACUAUAGGACGGAGGAGGAUAAGAAAAAGGACUGGGAGGGGACCUGGAGAAAGGAUCGGAGAUGCGGAGCUGAUUAUCCGCUCCCUGAUGGAUCCGGACCCGGAGAAUGUAAUCCUGAAAGUGAGAAUUAUUGUUGUAGUAAAUGGGGAUUCUGCGGAGGUGACGGAGAACACUGUGACUGUCCAGAAUGUGUCGAUUAUAAAUCAAAAUAAAGGCAAAAUAUUUUUGUAAAAAUGUUUUAAAAUUCUAUUUGUUGAAAUACAUUGUUAUCAGUA